AUCAGGUUUUGUGAGAGGUCAAUGUUGAUGAUGAGAAGACCUUAAUGUAAUCUAACUUUAUAUUUUUGUUUAUAUGUUUUUCAGGCAGUUCCUAUGUACUUAUCAGCGGUGGCACCAGCCAAUUUAAGAGGGGGUCUAAACAGUAUGUUUCAGUUGACAACAACUCUUGGGAUAUUUUCAGCCAACAUGGUCAGUUACGCAACGCAACAGCUCAAGCCUUGGGGCUGGAGGCUCUCUCUUGGUUCAGCUAUCUUUCCGGCUCUUCUCAUGACCCUUGGCGGUUAUUUCCUUCACGAGACUCCAACCAGCUUGAUCGAAAGAGGAUUAACAGAGAAAGGCAGGCAAGUCUUGGAGAAACUGAGAGGAACAAGAGACGUCAACGCUGAGUUUCAAGACAUGGUAGAUGCAAGCGAGUUGUCCAAUUCUAUCAAGCAUCCUUUCAAAGAAAUUCUACAUAAACGCCACAGGCCUCAGCUGGUCAUGGCGAUUCUGAUACCAACAUUUCAGAUCCUCACUGGUGUAAACUGUGUUCUCUUCUAUGCGCCUGUUUUGUUCAUUACAAUGGGGUUUGGAGGAAAUGCUUUACUCUACUCAUCAGUCCUUGUAGGACGACGAGCUUUGCUCAUCAGUGGCGGAUUACAAAUGAUCAUUUCCCAGGUCAUAGUCUCAGUGAUCUUGGGAUUAAAAUUUGGAGACAACAAAGAGCUAUCAAAAGGGUACUCAAUCCUCUUGGUCAUCUUUGUUAAUCUCUUUAUUCUAGGCUACGGAUGGUCAUGGGGUCAGCUUGGCUACACCAUACCGAGUGAAAUAUUUAUAGGAGAACAAAUGUAAAUAUAGUAGUUAUAGGGACUUAAUUACAAUUAGCUUUACCCU